AUGAAAAGAAAAGAAAAAAGAGAAGAGGAGAAAAACGAGAAAAGAAAGAGAGAAAAAAAAGAAAAGAAGGAAAAAAGAAAGAAAGAAAAAAAAAGAGAGGAGAAAGGAGGAAAGGGGGAAGAGAAAAGAAAAAAGAAGGAAAAAAAAAAGAAAGAGAAGACAAGUAAGAGGGAAGAAAAAAAAAAAGAAAGAGAAAAAAAAAGGAAAGAAAGUAAAGAAGAAAAAAAAAGAAAGGGAAGAAAAAAAAAGAAAAAAAAAAAAGAGAAAAAGAAAUCAAGAAAGAAAAUAAUGAGGGAAACGAAAAAAAAGAAAAGGAAGAAAAGAAAAGAAGGAGAAAAUAAAAAAGGGAAAGAAAAAAAAAAAAAAAGAGGAAGGAGAAAAAGGAUACAAAAAGAACAAAAAGAAGGAAAAAAUAAGAAAGGAGGAAAAAGAAAAAAAAAAAAAAGAAGAAUAAGAAAAAAGGAGAAGAAAAAGAAAAGAAAGAAGAAAGAAGAAAAAGAGAAGAAAGGGAAAAAGAAAAAGGAGGAAAAGAGAAAGAAGAGAAAAGUGAAGAAAGAAAAAAAAAAAAAAGAGAGAAGAAAAGAAAGGAGAAAAAAAGAGGAGAGGAAAAAAAAGAAAGAGAUAGAAAAGAAAAAAGAAGAGAGAGAAAGAAAAAAAAAAAAAAAAAAAGAAAAGGACAAAAAAAAUAAGAAAAGAAGAAAGAAGAAAGAAAAAAAAGGCAAGAAACAAGAAAAAGAAAUGAAGAGGAAAAGAAAGAAAGAGAAAAAGAAAAGUAAAAAGGAAGAAAAAUAA